AUGGGUCCAAAGCGUAAAAGCCAACCAGAACAGCAGAGCGAAGCAUCCUCUGCAUCGCCAUCUAAACAACGCAAAGCCAAUAGUAAGGAGGAAGUGGAGACUUCCGCUUCUUCUGCCUCCUCCUCUUCCAAGCCGCAAGACCGCAGUCUCUACCAUGGCUUCGAGACGUACCCGCCAUCCCGGGUAUUCCGACUAAUAGAGCCCGGCCCCGUACUGCUAGUCACGACGGGGUCGCUAGCCGACUCGACCCACAACGUCAUGACCAUCGGCUUCCACAUGGUGAUGCAACACGAAUCACCGCCUCUCAUCGGCAUCUGUCUCGGGCCCUGGGACGCCUCGUUCGCCGCACUCAAGAAGAACCGCGAGUGCGUGCUCGCUGUACCCGACGUGGUAAUGGCCAGCGUAGUCGUCGAUAUCGGGAAUUGCUCUGCCGACGAGGAGGAGGAGCCCAGCGGCAAGUGGCAGCGCUUCGGAUUGGAAGCCUGUCCGGCUGCGAAGGUCAAGGCGCCGCUCGUAGGCGGCAGCGAUGUCAUUGCAAAUAUCGAGUGCGUAGUCGAAGACACUAAGAUGGUGAGCAAAUACUCCAUGUGGGUUCUAAAGCCCGUCAAGGCGUGGCUCAAUCCGGACAAGAAGCCCGGAGAGGGCGGCCGCAUGUUCCAUCACCGUGGCGAUGGCACCUUCGUCAUUGAUGGUGAAGUAUUAGACUUGAAGGAUAGGAUGAUCAAAUGGCAGGAAUACCAAGAUUAA